GUGCUCUACCGCUUGCGGUGGUGUGGAAACGAGCAUAAGUGAACUUAUUUUCAUUUGUCAAAUACUAACAUAUUGUAGUCUUUCAAAUGACAAUUUUAUUCUUGUAUAAAUUUAACUUAUUGUCAAUAAGACUCGUGCUUCGAUAAUGUGUAACGCAUGUGGAAUUGUAAUACCUUCGGAUUUCUCUAGUUUACUCAGAGUGAAUUCCACGUAAAUAUAUUUUUCUUUUUGAUAAAUUUCGUUUCUUAAUUAAAGUCAACAAAGUGCACAUACCUUUGGCAAUUCCAACAUCUUUCUCCCCGACUUGACCUUUCGCAGUCGACACAAGUUGUUGACAUAAAACACUAUAAUUGCAUACCAAAUGAGCACGUCUCCCGUAACAAACGAUAAAGAACAAAAUAUUGAAGCUCAUUCAAAACCGGUCACUAAAAAUGACAACAAGAACGAUGUUCGAAUUUUGUACGUUCGCGAUACGGGUGAUCCGUCUAACACAGUAAGAAAUUUACUCCCAUGUUCUCUUUUAAAUCUAUAUUCUUGACAAUUAUUUAAAAAUUUUGAUGACAAAUUUGUAUACCCGCUUGAUUUUUAUAUAACUUAACUGAAUCAACUGUUAAAUACUUUGUUCAAAAAAUCAUUACAUUUACAUACAUAAAAAGAAAGGCAACUAAUAUGAUAACCUGCAUUUUAAAAUAUUAUUAAUUGAUUUUAGACUCAAUUAAAAGUCACAAAAGAAAUGUUUUGUCACAUUAUAGAUAUAAAUUUAUGACUUUCGACAAGAAUGAAGUGAUCCGUUAAGAACGCAAAUCAUAUGACUAUUUGAGUGGGAAAAAUUUUCAACGGGUGAUUAUUGUUACUUACAACAUAAUUGUGAAUAAAAUAGUGUGUACAAAAGGUCAUACUAAGUAAGAUAAUACAUAAUACGCGUAUGCUAUAAAUGAUCAUUUUAUACAUUGCAAAUACGCCGUGAAAGUUGCGAAGGCCGGACUUCCAUCCAGAAGAUGCAUUCGUAAAAAGCAAAAAAAAAAAAAAAUGAUGCGUCAAUAACUAAACGUUUUACGCAUAUACGUUGGCUGCCUCGCCACCAAUUCCAUCGACCAGUACACGCAUUGUUGAAUGGCGACCUUCACAGGAAGAGUAUCGCUCGGAAUUUAAUGAACCUAUGUAUAUUUCUCCAAAACGGACAAUCAGCCCACCACCGGAAACCAAUGCUGUUCCAAUAACUCAUCAACGAUGCAUAUUUCUUGGAUAAUUAUGAAGCAAUUACAUGAAUUACUGACAAGUUCCUUGUAAUUUUAACAUAUAUAAUGUAAAUCAUUAACGGUCUAACAAUGUCUCUUCUACACUUUGUAAAAUUCUUUUACCUAAGUCUGCAAAAUUUAUAAAUUCUGUUUGCGGAAAUCUGUAGAAAUUCUUCGGUAGAACAGAAUCUUGUCUCAGAAAAGACUAGUGGAUUGUUGGAAGCAGAACACUUAAAACUUUCGGAAGGUCUUACAACCUUUCAUCUGUAUUUUUUUAACAAAGAUAUCGUAGAUAAUUGAUGAGAAUUUGAUUAUAAAGAAUCCAGAAAAUCCAUCUUUAGGUAAUAUCAGUAUUUAGCUUCUGAUAUCCGAUAUAUAGUAUCAUUACACAAUUGUAUCCUCUGGGUAAUAUUAUUAUUAGGGGUUACCGAAAAAGUGCUGAAAUUCCCAAUAAAACAGUAUCGACUUUGUCGGGAACACAUGUUCUCAAACUCGAAGUUCCUAACAAUCAACACGGACACUGCCAUAAAUGUAUAAUAAAGUGGACAGGUAUGAGUAAUUAUAAUCUUAGCCACUCGAUAAUAAAUUUCUGAAGAAUCUUGUGUUGGGGGUGUCAGCGGACAAAGCCGCAAACGCUUUCAUCUUUUGGAUUUGUUCAACUGAAUUCGUAUAAUGGCGCGCUUGUAGAUAAAGAAGACUGGUAAGGGCCUCUACAUCCUCUCGAGAGAUUUCGGCGCCAACAAAACGCGGGUAAAAUCUUGCUCCCCAGUCCCGGUGUUUAAUGUCUGUCUUGCCGGCUUGUUGUGGGUUGUAACUUUACUGUAGACUGUGUUGCGGGUCUUUUCACCAAGUACAUUCUUUUUUAAUAGUUUCAAAGUUGAUCGAAGAGGAGCUAAAAAUGUUCGAGGCACGUUUGGUUCAGAGUGCGAUAUUGAAGAAGGUUUUGGAGGCGAUAAAGGACCUCCUAACCGAAGCCACCUUCGACUGUUCCGAUUCGGGAAUUCAGUUGCAGGCUAUGGACAAUGCUCACGUUUCUUUGGUGUCUUUGAAUCUGCGAAGCGAUGGCUUCGACAAAUAUAGAUGCGACAGAAAUUUAUCGAUGGGUAUGAAUCUGGGCAAUAUGACAAAAAUUAUGAAAUGUGCUGGAGCAGAAGAUACUGUUACGAUGAAAGCUCAGGAUAAUGCUGAUGUGGUUGCAUUUAUGUUUGAAUCCAAAAAUCAGGAAAAAGUUUCAGAUUAUGAAAUGAAACUUAUGAAUCUAGAUCAGGAACAUCUUGGUAUUCCAGAAACUGACUAUUCCUGUAUCGUUAAAAUGCCUUCCCAAGAAUUUGCACGUAUAUGCAGAGAUCUGAGCCAGUUUGGUGAAUCCAUGGCUAUUUCUUGUACCAAGGAAGGUGUGAAGUUUAGUUCAGCUGGUGAUAUUGGUUCAGCCAACAUCAAAUUAGCUCAAACUGCGAAUGUGGACGCUGAAGAGGAAGCUGUGGUCAUAGAAAUGCAGGAGCCAGUAUCAUUAACGUUUGCUUGCCGGUAUUUGAACAGUUUUACAAAAGCAACACCCCUUUCUGCUCAAGUUCAACUUUCAAUGUCUGCCGAUGUCCCACUGGUUGUUGAAUACAAAAUUGGGGAACUUGGACACAUCAGAUAUUAUUUGGCACCUAAAAUCGAAGACGAAGACAACUAAGGACAGGAUCUGGUAUUCGUGUUGUUAUACCGCUCAUUUUUGUUACUGUACAAAACUGGAACACUGCAAAACAUGGUGUGUUCUGAGAUGAACCCUAUCAUUGUGCCUUGAUGUUGGAGAAAUGAUCCAUGUGAGCAGUCGAAGAAUUAGUCACUGGAUAUUUUAAUAAAUUCCUUAUUUUUCAUCGUCAUAGUGCGAUUUCCAACUUUUAUACAUUCUGUAACUAAUAUCUAUAACCAAUACUAGAUGACAAUAUGAAGUACUUCUCAACGAAAUGAGUUAAUCAAGCUGACUGAUAUUUCGAAGGUAAUUUAUUAGCAAAAUGUACAGUUAAAAUUAUUUGGCUGGCCACAAUGUUAAUGUGAUGAGGAGUUGGCUCUAAAAUCUGCAAUAGAAUAGCGUGAUCGCAUGGAUUAAUUUAACGUUGAGUUACUUUGCAAUGUACAUUGAACAGCUUCUGUCAUAAGCCGUGCUUGUUUCGAAAGUAUUGCGUUUGUAGCAUAAGAGGAGAACCAAAUAUAUUUCCGAAAUUUUUGAUACA